UGCAGUACAAUUUCCCAUUGCCAACCAACUAAGUUGCUAACAGGUUAGCAACUAUGCUUUUGGGAAACGCACCCCUGGUUGACAAUGAUAUUUCUCAUUAGAGCAGUAGAAAACGUCGUUUUGAUGUAAAAAACGUUAAAAUCGCAUUUGUUGAUGAUUUGAAUUAUACACAGUAACGUUUCCAGAGUGCCUGCUUGUGGUCACUAAUAGCGUGCAACUAUUUUGGUCAAUACGCUAUCAUUGCUGAAAUCAUCGGUUGGCUUUACCAGCAAAAAAUAUGGCGAAAUUCCAAAUUUUUUCGAAUUCUUGCUAACAUGUAAAUUUGUAUUACAGCACUAGCCCACUCGAAUCAAGAAACUCUCCAUGUUGAAGGUGUGACGUGCAGUUUGACCUUCCAGUUAAGGUCCACUCUUUUAUACUGAAUAAAAUAAGAGAUGUUUAGGGUAAUUAUAAAUAGUUAUAAAACGGUGUUAUAUAUUAAGACAUUUUAAACUUUGCUUUGAAAAUGAUACAUUAAUCUCUCUGUUGCUGAUGUCUUAAUUAGGCCUACUUGAAGAAACUUGAUGGCAAAAUAUCAAACAUAUCCAGAAUGUGGACAUAAUAGGAUAAGUUAUUCUUGUAAAUAGAUAUUUAUUUGCAAAUAGGUGUGCUAAGAUGCAUCUCGGUUAACAUUUGUCUUAAAGAGGGGUUGUUACAGGAAUAUGUUAAAUAAAAUUGCAUUUUCUGUGGUCACAUACAGCAAAAAGUACUUAAACACAAAUUUCACAUACAAAAAUAAAAUACUUAAUACUUAAAACGUGUCUGCUUACCAGUAGGCUAUGCCUGUUUUUUCUUCUUCUUUAGAUUAUCACAUCAUACAUUUUAACUAGUAUGAUAGUUUGUAGCAUGAUUCAUGGUGUGCUCUUAUUAUGCCCAAUUUUAUGUAAGAAAAUAUAGAUCCAAAUAGAUUACAAUAAAGCUUAAUGUGUAGCUUUCCAUACGUUUUUUUUAGAUUAUGUUUUCUUUUCUCUAGUAAUUCUAACAGAAAGAAUAAAUUCUUUAAUGCACAGUGAAUUAUUGCACAGGUGACGAGUUGAUUUUUUACAGGGUGUUGUUAAAUGCUUUUAAAACGGCUAGGUUGUAAUUUAAGUGCAUAGCCUUUUCCUGAUGUAAUUAACAUUUUAGUGGUUUUAUAGAUUCUUUAGCGCAACUUACUGCACAAAUGUAGGCUAUCUUAUUAUGCAACAUGCUAUGUUUACCCGUGGUUACGGGUGUUGUUAUAAACUUAGCACGAAGCUUAGUACGGGCUAUCUAAACUCACAUGAAAUAAGAUGGUAAUAGUUGCUUUAAUAUCUUUUUUUUUCAGUUGUAAAGACUUUUGUAAAUGUAUAAACAUAAUUUGCUAUUGUCCUUUUGCUGAGGCAGAACAGCAUAAUUGGCUCUAUUCGUUCUUGUAUUUUAGAGGCAACUAUUUAUUGGGGACGGCCAAGACACACAUCAAGUGCUGAAUUCACUGGUAUAUUAUAUUACAUUGCAUAGAUGGUCAAAGACAUUCCCCACAGACAGUGAAAUCCUUCCUGAAAUAUCUGCGUUUUUGCAAGGAUAAUUUAGAAUUUCUGUUGCAAAAUGUUGCAGAGAGAGUAGAAUGGACUGGUGUGUAUCUGAAUAAAAUAAAAAUGAAAGUGAAUCCUGUUUAUUUGUGUGUGUGAAAUGAGCGACUGGAUGGAAUACUACAGCGGAGUCGUUCACGGUCCUCGCCACAGGCAGUAUAUCAGGCCUAUAAAAAUAUAAGCUGCCUGAUGUACUAUUUUAUUAUAGUAUUAAACGACCAAAAAAGUUCAAGUAGUUUCUUCCAUAAAUACAAGGGGAUUGUCGCACGGUGGUGUUUAAUACCCUCGUUAACAAAAAAUGACUGUUAAUUUCCCAAUAAAGCUGUUCAUUAUCUCAGCAUACUCCUAUUACUCCAAGAAGGAAGAGGUUUGCCUCCUCGGAGGUUUAGACGUUUAAACGAGUGGGGGGAUACAAUAUUUUAGCGUAAAAAUCGGUUGAUUAAACGUUAUAAGCAGCCGUCACAGCCUUCAUUUGGUUUCUGUGGUGUCUUUCAAAGUACUGUUAAAUAUCUCGAUACAUUGCCUAGCUAUAUUAAAUAGUUAUUUUCAUACAUUUUAUCAAGGAAAUAUGAUCAAGCUCCCAUUCAGCACUAAUGCUGUAGAUCACGAUAUAAUGCCACAUCAAUUCAUAGACAAAAAUGUUCUCUCACUUAUUACUGUGGGCCAUAACCCUGCAUAUGCAUUUAUUUUAUACAUAUAUAAUGUCAGAACGUUUAAUAAUUUAAGCUGACAUUUUCCCGACUGUUGAUAUCUGGAGAUAUAUGGACACGCUCCCAUUUUGCAUAUUGCAUAAACAAGACAAUUUAUUUAGAUGGGAAAUAUUGAGAACGCAAGAGGAGGAGAGCUCCGUACAGCCUCUUGGCGGAUUGAUUUACACCCCAUUGACGCUUUAUCAGGCUCGCGAAAAAAGUCUGACCAAUCACUUCGCUCGGAGCGCACGCCACAGCAGCCCGGCUCUACUUCGUUGGCGAGCGAGUAGAGAGGAGUACCGUAAAGAGGGGAGUAAAGCACAUUUCUAUUGUACAUGUUUUCCCUUUAAUGAACAGUGCGUUAUAUAAUGUCCGAGAAUGUCAAUUUCUGGAACUCUAAGCAACUACUAUGUCGAUUCUAUCAUAAGUCAUGAGGGAGAAGAUCCGAACGCGUCCCGCUUCUCCAAUGUACAGUACUCCAGCGCCAGACAACCGGGACCCGGCGAACAUCCCGAGUUCCCCUCUUGUAGCUUCCAGCCCAAGCCUCCAGUGUUCAGUUCGUCAUGGAGUCCAUUCAGUUCCCACGCGUCCAAUGGCUUACCCGCGGUCUACCAUCCGUACAUACCGACGCAGCCAGUGCCUUCAACGGAUACUCGAUACCUCCGCACAUGGCUCGACUGCGCCCCGAGAGCAGAGCCUCUACCAGGGCAGGGACAGGUCAAGAUGGAGCCGCUCCUGGGACAUCUCGGGGAACCACCGAAACUAGUUGGGCAGCAUGAGUAUAUCUUGGAGUCCUCUACAACACGGGAGAUGAAUUCUAGCCACAGCGCCGGGUUUGAAGACAAUAAGGACAUACGCGAAGGCAGCGAGGACAAAGAAGGACCGGAUCAAAACGACCCAUCUGCCAACUGGUUACACGCUCGAUCAUCCCGGAAGAAGCGAUGUCCAUACACCAAAUAUCAGACGUUGGAGCUGGAGAAGGAAUUUCUGUUCAAUAUGUACCUCACCCGAGACCGGAGACACGAGGUAGCUCGCCUGCUGAACUUGACAGAGCGACAAGUCAAAAUAUGGUUCCAGAACAGAAGGAUGAAAAUGAAGAAAAUGAAUAAGGACCAUCCCAAAGAAUAAUAACGCAGACUGGAGCCAGGCGUUCAAGCAUUUUACAAAGAGUCUUUUAAAUCUGGAAGCUGAUGCAAGAAGGUUUUACUGCAUCAAAGAGAAAACGCACACACGCACUCACAAACCAUUUCCCGCAUGACUGGACAGUGUUAAGCAUAUAGAGUAUAAGGGAGAGGUGAGAUGAUGCAGAAGAGGGGGAAGACGUCGUGCCAUCUCUCCCUUCUUUUAUUGCGUUUUAUGACUUAAGCGUAAGAAGCACUUCAUCAGGAAAUAAACAGAUGAUAAGGAACUGUUUCAACAUAAGAGCAGCAGAAAAUUUGUUCUUUUUGUAAAGUUGUUCUCUAUAAUUCUGCAUUUUCAUUAUUCCUUUUUUUCCACAGACUUGUGCUGAUAUAAAAUGUAUUUAAGAAAAAAUAAGCCUCAUUCAAUAUACAAGGGGAACUUUUGCUCAUGCUUAAGACGUGAGCUCUCUUUUACAAAAUUAUUAUUAUUAUUAUUAUUAUUAUUAUUAUUAUUAUUAUUAUUAUUAUUAUUAUUAUUAUUAUUAUUAUUAUUAUUAUUAUAAGAGCGGAAUAAAACAGCCUUUAGUACAUAGUGUCUACCGGUUAUUAAAGUGUGCUAUGCUAACGUUUUCAAAAACUUUAUUUAAGUUUACGAUAUUAUAAAAUAGCUCCUUUUGACAUUUAUUUGGGCGCAGAGAUUUGUAUUAGACGCACACUUAUAAAAUGUCUUGGUUAGUUCGGAUGUAUUAAUAAUAGUAAUAAUAAUGUCUAAAAUUGCUUUUAAAUCUUUUCCGAAAGGCUAUAGCUUCUACUAUAGUUUCGUUUCAAAGAAUCAAACUGAAGUAAUUAAACACGAAUGAAAUGAGUUCUUUCUUUCUUUCUUGCGCGUUCACAUAUCCCCAAAUAAUCAUUUUGAAAAUUAGAGAGCAGGUUCUGAGUGUAUGUAUUUGUAGCGUGUCAGUAACCAUAGAAUUAAUUCGUGCUUAAACGUAUAUCAUCCUUUAAUACAGAUUUGGUCGCAGUUGUUUACAUACAUUUGCGCAUGCCUCGUAUUGUGUAGUUUUCUUAUGUACGUGUUAUUGAAAAAGCUAGUAUUAAUUCAAAGCUGUUUUAUAUACGGUCUAAGGAUUGUUGUUUUAAUUUAUUGUAAAUACGUUAAUAGUUUUUUUUUCUCAUUUUGAUUGAAUGUUUUAUAUGUUGUAAAAAGGAUUUCAACAAAUAAUUAAUACUUGAAUGAGCUGAUAGACGUAACCUUUCAUUUUUUCCUAUUUUGUUUACAAGUUCCAUGUAUAGGCUAUGUCCAGAAUCAUGCCCGUUGUCCAUUGUCAGUGAUGUUUUUUUCUGUAUUUUCUCGUAUCUUCAUAUGGCUUUGUUGGUUUAGAGAUUUGUUUUGUUUUUGUGAUCUGACUUAACAGAUAUUGAGCGUGGCUAUCUUCAUAUGUCAAUUAGCUACUUCUUAAAUGGUUAGAUACAACAGUUUCCCAUUCUUUAACGCACGUCCAUUCAAGAAGGCGCGAGCACACACGCACACACAUACACACUUUUUGUGCUAGUAUCUAACACACUUGUUUUAUGGCUUCUGUAAAUGUAUUAAAACAUAAAUAAUUAGGCCUAUAUCACUGGACCUUAACCCGUAACAUAAGAUCCAAACUGUAUUUGUACACGACUGUUCCGUCUCCUUAUGUGUUAUUGUUUUGUGUUGUUAAUCUGUGCUAUUGCACUGUUGAUGCUGGACUCAUUAAAAGUUUACACAUAGACCACA